UUUCUAGUGACAUCAAUCACAUGAACGUGACAGCUCGUGACGUAAUUUGAUGUGCAAUCAGGUUUUGUAUGUUUACGCGCCUUGACGCAAUAGAAUUUCACGUUCAUGAUAUUAAAUUUUUAUGGUAACCACGAUGAAAUUCUUAUAUAAAGAAGAGCAUCCAUUUGAAAAGAGACGAGCUGAAGGUGAAAAAAUCCGAAGGAAGUACCCUGAUCGAGUGCCUGUGAUUGUUGAGAAAGCUCCAAGAGCUCGUAUUGGAGAUUUGGAUAAAAAGAAAUACCUUGUUCCUUCUGAUCUGACAGUGGGCCAGUUCUAUUUCCUUAUCAGGAAAAGGAUUCACUUAAGGCCUGAAGAUGCCCUAUUCUUCUUUGUGAACAAUGUCAUUCCACCUACUAGUGCUACAAUGGGUGCACUGUACCAGGAGCACCAUGAAGAGGAUUCAUUUUUGUACAUAGCCUAUAGUGAUGAGAGCGUCUAUGGAGCAUGAAUAAUAUGCAUCGUGGAGUGAAAACUUCUCUUAUUUAUGUGAAUCCUUUACUCUUCCUUUUAUUGUGUAUCUUCUCCUUUUUAUUGUAAAAGUUUUCAUUUUAAGUAACUUCUUGACAACAAUGCAUCUAAGAAGCAUUACGUUUUAUUUUAAUGGUUUGUCAGCUCUGAAAAUUAUACACACCUGCUUCUUCAUUAUUACUUUUUUGAUUUUGUCAUUUUCUGUUAUGAUAAAUAAAUAAAUGUUUUAAAUUAGUAGA